AUGAAAGAAUUUCGAGCCCUGUUUGGUCUGAAUAUCGGCGUGCGCAGUCGUCGGCCAGAAGGAAGAAGUUGCAAUGCAGGAAAUAGGACACGAGUGCCAUCAUGUAGUUGUGAGUACAAUGAGGACAGGCUGCAAUACGUCCCACGUCUACAGUGGGCUGGGGACAUUUACGGUUUUGCAUUUCUCCACAACCAUUUGAAGACCAUCACAAACAGUACCUUUCAAAACGUUAGCCAAUAUACCCUAUAUUUGCUGGAUCUUACACACAAUCACAUUGCACAUAUUUCUGCAGAAAUGGGCAGACUUAAAGAACUGCAUCUAAGUGAGAACUCAAUACAAGACAUCCAGAACAAUUUUUUUGACAGCAAUCACCACCUUCGGAAAUUGUCCCUUGCCAACAAUUCCAUUAAGACUCUAAGUAGAUUAGCUUUUUCCAAUUCGGUGAGAAAAGAAUUACAUCAUGUACAUCUUGAAAACAAUCCUUUUGUUUGUAACUGUGAUUUGUUUUGGCUCAAGUACUGGCUGUUAUCGGAGACAACGAAAUUUUCAAAUCACCUUUCUAAAUAUACAUGUUCAAACGUUCCUUUUCAAGGCAAGAAUCUUGUGGAUAUAACGUCUAUUAACGGUUCAGACUGUUCUGAAACUCGCAAAAGGUUUUCCAUCGUGUACUGCAUCGUUGGGACUGUGCUUAUUUGCCUCUGUUUCUUUGGCUUGGGCUACAGAUUCAGAUGGAACAUUAGGUACUGCUGCUUGACGUACAAAUCUUCAGCUUCAGAAUCUAUUCCUCUUCUGAGAAACGAUGUCUACAUUCUGUACAGCGAUGAAGAUUAUUUGUGGGUGAGAUACGAAGCACUGGACAAGUUAGAAAAUGAAGGAAAACAAAAAGUAUGCUUCCGCCAAAGAGACUUUAACCCCAAGAAAUAUGUGGUUGAUAAUGUAGUGACAAACCUGAGACGCUGUAGAAAAGUCAUUGCAGUUUUAUCCAACAGCUUCUUCAAGGACCGAGCUUCGCAGUUCGAGAUGUCCUUAGUCCGUAAGCGUCUGGAGCGUCACAAGGAGAUUCUGGUAUUGGUUCUUCUUGAAGACAUUGAGAACAGAUACAUGUCUCAUUCUGUCAACAGAAUGAUGCAGGCCUGUCUAACUAUCAAAUGGUCAGAGAUGAAUGAUGAAAGAGAUGCUUUUUGGGAGCAGCUGUUAACGCAUGUGUAA